UUGGGCAUCCCCUUGUUCAAGCUGCUUGGCCCCUACCAGGAAUCAGUGCCAAUCUACGGCAGCGGCGGAUGGACGAACUUUAGCGAGGAAGAACUGAUUGCCGAGAUGGCGGGCUAUGUGGAGCAGGGCAUUCCCCGCGUCAAGAUGAAGGUCGGCAAGGACUUCGGACAGUCGGAGCGUGAGGACAUCCAGCGCCUCGCCGCGGUCCGCAGAGCGCUGGGUGACGAUGUCGCGAUCUACAUAGACGCAAAUAACGGUUACUAUCCCAAGCAGGCCAUAUAUAUGGCGCGCGAGUUCGAACAAUAUCAGGUGGGCUGGUUCGAGGAGCCACUUAUUGCUGACGACAUUCAGGGGCUGGCCGAAGUAAGUCACGCCAUCAACAUCCCGGUUGCCACCGGUGAGCAUGAGUACACCAAGCACGGGUUUCGUGAACUCAUAGCCGCGGGCGGCGCGGACAUUGUACAGCCCGACGUGGGUAGGGUUGGCGGCGUUACCGAGUGGAUGAAGGUGGCACAUCUGGCCCAUGCAUUCAACCUGCCGGUUGCGCCCCACGCGGUGCAACUCGUACACCUGCACCUCGCCUGCGCUACGCCGAACCUCAAGGUUGUCGAGUACAUGAACACGGGACUUGAGGGUGAUCGUCAGUGGUACACGGAAUUUCCUCAACAGCAGGAUGGCAUGUGGGCGCCCUAUCCAGACAGGCCCGGCCUGGGGCUUGAGCUUGAUCCAGCAGCCAUCGAGCAGUGGGCCGUAUGA